AUGACCCCACCACCAGAGUUUAUUGAGAAACGACAGAAAUUAUGGGAUAGAUUAAAAAAGGAAUAUGAUGAUUGGGUAGCGGCACAACCAGCUCAAUCAAUCAAAGUCACUCUACCUGAUGGUAAAGUAGUAGAAGCUGAAUCAUGGCGUACUACUCCGUAUGAAGUGGCUAAAGGCAUUAGUCAAGGACUAGCUGAUAAUACUGUGAUAGCCAAAGUUAAUGGAGAGUUAUGGGACUUGGAUCGUCCAUUAGAGAAAGAUGCGUCUUUAGAAUUAUUGAAGUUUGAUGAUACAGAUGGUCAGUAUGUGUUCUGGCAUUCCAGUGCCCACAUGUUGGGUGAAGCAAUGGAACUACAUUAUGGUGGCCAUCUUUGUUACGGUCCUCCAAUAGAGAGUGGAUUUUAUUAUGAUAUGUUUGUUGGGGACAAAAAUGUAUCAAGUUUUGAUUAUCCUAAACUAGAAACUAUUGUUAAAAACAUCACGAAAGAAAAACAACCGUUUGAACGAUUGGAAAUGAAAAAAGAACAUUUACUGGAGAUGUUUGAGUAUAAUAAAUUUAAACAAAGAAUUUUAAAUGAAAAAGUCACCACCCCAACUACUACUGUAUAUAAAUGUGGUCCAUUGAUAGAUUUAUGUCGAGGACCUCAUAUCAGACAUACUGGUAAAGUUAAAUCAUUCGCUGUUACUAAGGGAUCUUCUACUUAUUGGGAAGGAAAAGCUGAUGCUGAAUCUCUACAGAGAAUUUACGGAAUUUCCUUUCCUGACGGUAAACAAAUGAAAGAGUGGAAACAUUUCCAAGAAGAGGCUGCUAAACGGGAUCAUAGAAAAAUUGGGAAAGAACAAGAUUUAUUUUUCUUCCAUGAAUUGAGUCCUGGUAGUUGUUUUUUCCUGCCUCGUGGUGCCCAUAUUUAUAAUCUAUUGGUAACAUUUAUUAGGGAAGAAUAUUGGAAACGUGGGUUUAAAGAGGUGGUAUCACCCAAUAUUUAUAACAGUAAACUCUGGGAGGUCUCUGGACAUUGGCAACAUUAUUCUGAAAAUAUGUUUUCAUUUGAAGUAGAAAAAGAAACGUUUGCUUUGAAACCCAUGAAUUGUCCAGGACAUUGUUUAAUGUUUGAUCACACCACGAGAUCAUGGAGAGAUUUACCUUUACGAUUUGCUGAUUUUGGAGUUUUACAUCGUAACGAAUUAUCAGGGGCACUAACUGGUCUGACUCGAGUUCGUAGAUUCCAACAGGAUGAUGCUCAUAUCUUCUGCAGAUUUUCUCAGAUAAAAGAAGAGAUAGCUGGAUGUUUAGAUUUUCUCAAUGGUGUUUAUAAUGUUUUUGGAUUUACGUUUAAAUUAAAGCUUUCAACCAGACCAGAGAAAUAUCUGGGUGAAAUAGAAAUGUGGGAUAAGGCUGAGAAGGCUUUAGAAGAAUGUUUAAAUAAUUUUGGUUCUAAAUGGGAAUUGAACCCUGGUGAUGGAGCUUUCUACGGACCAAAAAUUGAUAUCACCAUUCUAGACGCGUUACGAAGACAACAUCAAUGUGCUACUAUUCAGUUAGAUUUUCAACUUCCACUUAGAUUUAAUCUGGGCUAUAUCAAUGAAUCUGGAGAGAAAGAGAAGCCAGUUAUAAUCCACCGAGCUAUAUUAGGAUCUGUCGAGAGAAUGAUUGCUAUUUUAUGUGAAUCUUAUGGUGGAAAAUGGCCAUUCUGGUUAUCUCCUCGACAAGGUAUAGUUAUUCCAGUAGCUUCACCAUUCAAUGAUUAUACUGUUAAGGUAAGACCGAAACAGAUUCAAGAAGCAGGGUUUCUAUGUGAUUAUGAUAUCGAUGAUGCUGAUACAAUGAAUAAAAAAGUUCGAAAUGCUCAAAUAGCUCAGUAUAACUUUAUCUUUGUGGUAGGAGAGAAAGAAUUAAACGCUGAAACAGCGAACGUAAGAACGAGAGAUAGUAAAGUCCACGGAGAACAUAGUAUAACUGAAAUUAUUAAUAGAUUUAAGAAAUUUCAAUCCAGUAAAUGUCCCAAUGCUGAGGAGACCUUCGAUGUUUAA